AUGCAGCGAUGUCCAUUGCAACUCCUCCGGCUCCCUAGCUCCCUCCGUACCCAUUAUGCCUCUCAAAUCCUCCAGCAAACCCAGCGAGGGUUCAAAACAACCGUAGCACGCUGCGCUGCCCAAGCUGCAAAGCCGGUGACAGACCUCGAACGUCGCAUCCAGGCUAUUCCCAUAUCCCGCUUUCGCAAUUUCUGCAUCGUAGCCCACGUCGACCAUGGCAAGUCCACGCUUAGCGACCGCCUGCUUGAGAUCACAGGCACCAUUGCUCCGGGUGGCAACAAGCAGAUCUUGGACAAGCUGGACGUGGAGCGCGAACGAGGCAUCACUGUCAAGGCGCAGACUUGCAGCAUGAUAUACAAUCACGAAGGGGAGGACUACCUCCUGCAUCUAGUGGACACGCCCGGACAUGUGGACUUCCGGGCAGAGGUCUCGCGCUCUUAUGCGAGUUGCGGGGGAGCGCUGCUGCUGGUCGAUGCCAGCCAGGGCGUGCAGGCGCAGACCGUGGCAAACUUCUACCUGGCGUUCUCGCAGGGCCUGACGCUGGUACCGGUCAUCAACAAAGUGGACUUGCCGUCGGCGGAUGCGCCGAGGGCGCUGGAGCAGAUGGAGACGGCGUUCGAGUUAAAGCCGGAGAAUGCGGUGCUGGUCUCGGCGAAGACGGGACUGAACGUUGCGAGUAUCCUUCCAAGUGUUAUCAAGCAGAUUCCGUGUCCGGAGGGGGACCAUAAGAAGCCUCUGAGGCUGCUGCUAGUGGACUCGUGGUAUGAUAAUUACAAAGGUGUGAUCUUGCUGGUGAGGAUAUUUGACGGGACAGUCAAAGCUGGGGACCACGUGGUGUCAUUUGCUACAGGUCUGAAGUAUUUUGUUGGGGAGGUCGGGAUUAUGUAUCCGCAUCAGACGCCUCAGAGCUCUAUACGUGCUGGGCAGGUGGGGUACAUCUACUUUAAUCCUGGCAUGAAGAAGAGUCAGGAUGCUCUGAGUGGAGACACUUUCACAACUGUCGGUUCAGAACAUCUAGUGGAGAUGUACCCAGGAUUCGAGGAGCCGAAGUCAAUGGUAUUCGUCUCGGCUUUUCCAGUCGAUCAGAGCGAUCAUGCACAUUUGGAGGACUCGAUCAACCAGAUCAUCUUGAACGACAGAAGUGUCACUCUUCACAAGGAGUCCUCCGAGGCACUUGGAGCAGGCUGGAGACUGGGAUUUUUAGGAACACUCCACUGCUCCGUUUUCGAAGACCGCCUGCGUCAAGAACACGGCGCCAGUAUCAUCAUCACACCCCCCAACGUACCCUUCCGCAUAAUCUGGGCUGACGGCCGCGACGAAAUAAUCCAAUCGCCCUUUCAUUUCCCCGAAACCGAUUCCAUGCGCAACCAAAUCUCGGAACUCCAAGAACCCUACGUCUCAGCCACCAUCACCCUCCCAGAAGAAUAUCUCGGGAAAGUCAUCGAGCUCUGCGAAGCAAACCGUGGCGAGCAGAAAGGGCUUGACUUCUUUACUGCCACGCAAGUAAUUCUCAAAUAUGACAUACCGCUCGCACAACUCGUAGACGACUUCUUUGGCAAGCUAAAGGGUGCCACUAAGGGAUACGCAAGUCUCGACUACGAGGACGCAGGCUUCCGCCGUAGCAACAUUGUUAAGAUGCAGCUCCUGGUUAACAAGGAACCCGUCGAUGCCGUCGCACGCGUCCUGCACACCUCGCAGGUCGAAAGGCUGGGUCGGCUCUGGGUCAAGAAAUUCAAGGAGCACGUCGACCGGCAGAUGUUCGAGGUCAUCAUCCAAGCGGCAGUCGGCAAGCGGAUCGUGGCGCGCGAGACGAUCAAGCCGUUCCGGAAAGACGUGUUGGCGAAGCUGCACGCGGCCGAUGCCGGGCGGAAGAACAAGCUACUGCAGAAGCAGAAGGAGGGGCGGAAGAAGUUGAAGGCGGUGGGGAAUAUCACGAUUGAUCACAAGGCCUUUCAGAAGUUUUUGGCGAAGUAG